AUGUCUGCGACCGGCACUCUUAACAACAAACGCACCAGAUUUGCAGCUGACAACGAAACACAGCAAAUUCCGAGCACCACACCCUUGGAAGCCGCAAAAUGUGUUGGAAUCUCUGCGUUGACUGCCAUCGGAUCGCUCCAAGAACCGCAAACCACCUUUUUCCUUGAGCUUCAUUCUGAGUUCCUCAAAAUCAAGAAAGCUCUGGAGAACCUGCACAAACGAAAAACAACACUCCAAAAGACUGCCCAUAUCGUCAGUUCAACAAAAUUCAAAUUUGAGCCAACUGCCUCAGCCCGACUUCUUGAAGAUGACAAAGCAGGAGUCGACGCUAUUAAGUUGCAAUGCGAUAGUAUCA